GUGGUGGAUCCCGGUGGACUGAUUGAAGCCUUGCGAUUGUGCGAGGAAGAGCAACAGGACGCCCCGGAAUUUCAUUGUUUGUUCAUGAACUUGUUGGAGGCGCGUUUCCGUGAAUCGGGUCUUUCGAUUGUGAAUGAUCUGUUUCGCGGUGAGAUUGUGUACGAGACCAGGUGUCUCAAUUGUGGUUUCACUUCAAGGCAACCGUCCAAAUUUCUGGAGCUGUCGUUGAAAGUUUCAUCGAAUUCCUUGGUUGGUUGCAUUGCAGACUAUCUGAAAGAAGAACCGUUGGUUGGUGAAAAUCGAUAUGCUUGCUCACAUUGUGGAGAGAAGCAAGACGGUAUUCGACGCGUGUAUAUCACACGUGCUCCGUCGUUACUCUGCGUACAACUGCUCCGGUUCACUUACGAUCCACGAACUGGUCAGCGAAAAAAACAGAAAGCCAGCGUUCGCCUCCCUGACACACUCGAACUGACCGCUCUGACUUCGAGCAAAUCAACGACCCAAUCAGAUAAUUCUGUGGCUUGCCUAGUACCAAAUAUUGGAACUUCUUGUCCGCGGAUGUACAAACUAUGCGGUGUCUUGCUGCAUAUCGGUGCACAACCCACAUCUGGUCACUAUAUUGCGGUCGUUCGCGAUUCCGGUCCCUCAGACACAUCAAGUGGGAUUGAUUCGGCGGCAGUCACCGCAACAUGUAACACACAUUGUACCAAUUUGAACUCGGACACCUGGACCGUGUGUAAUGAUAUGGAACUGAAGCGCUCGAUCAAAGAAAUCUCCAAGAGCGUGGAUGCUUACCUUCGAUUGCCAAAUGGAGUUUCGUUUGUUGGAACACCUGCUCCGGCAAUGUCUGUCUGCACGAAAGAGAAUGAGGAACCCAGCUACUACUGGAUCGGUCGCCGAUCGUUACUUCGUUGGCGUAUUCUCGCUCGGGACUAUGUGAAAGUUCGAUACGCCGACGGUGACCAGGCCGUCGCAUCCCGCAUAAUCACUACAAAGUUCAACGCGGAUGUGCUCUGUCCCCAUGGCAAACUUCGAGCCGAUUCGAAAUCCCUGCGCCGUUUGCCGGCCGCUUUGUGGAAUCGUUUGGUCGCUCUAUUCCCUGGUGCUGUGAUUCCGACAUUUCCUGUCCCACCCGAAAUAAACGUCCUCGGUGCCACAUACGAAACAAAUAAUGAGAACCUUACAAGCAACAAAUGUACCGAAUGUGAACUAAUCGAAUCGAACAUGGUUCAACGUGCUCUGAAAGAACGUCAACUGCUAACCAGUGUGUUCACGCCAAGUGCUCGACGUCUGAAUGCUCCGUUAUCCAGCAGUUUGUGGGAUAACGAUCCCGAGGGGGAAGAAACGCGAAUUCGAACGUUCCUCACUGAUUGCUUCUCUCCCCGAAAAGCCCACUCCCAGGGGUUCACCACUACACACACUGCGUCACCACUGUCCGAGCACGGUCAACUGGCAUCCACACAAAUCAAUAAGGGGCCCCUAGUGAAAUUGAAACGAGAAGAGCCUUGUUCGCCUGACCCACAGGCCAUCUAUUUAGUUCCCAUGGAGUUCAUAAAUCGUUGGCGUCGUUUUAUCCGCAAUCCCAGUCCACAAACAGUGCUGAAGUGCUUGCCAUCCGGUUUGAAUGACCCACGGGUUCUUUGUCCUCACAGUCAUCUCAUCAUGCCCUGGUGGACCUUGAUUUCCGAUGCUGUUCUCUGUCCUAUUACGGCAGAGGAAUGGUCCACUUUUUCCCAGUUCUAUCCCCCACGCGAUACUUCAGUGAUUACUGGUUGUGAGGCUGGUGAAGGCAUGUCAGACGAGGAAGAAGAUGAAGAGGGUGAGGAUUACAAAGAAUCAGAAGCCCUGGAUACUUCUACCCUAGAUGAGGACUCUUCCGACACAACACCCAGCGAUCACUCUGCCGAGGUUUAUCCACCGUUGUACUUAAUUCCCGAUCAAUCUGGUAAAUCAAACUGGUGUCUACAGCCCAGCCAGUUCGCACAAGUUUGUUCUACCUGUCAUGCGAAAAUUCUGGCCGAACGGAACAGCUAUCAGAACGCUCGAUUUCGAGUGCGAUUGGUUCUGAACGCGGAAGAGGCUCUGCUGGAUUCCGUACAAGGCUCUACCAUGGAAUGGGAUCAGUCCAUCGAUGGUCCAUCCUCACUACCGACCGAACCGACUACUCUCUCGGAUCCAACGAACCAGGUUGGUGCUGAUGGUGAUAUCUGGCCCCCGAGGGUUUUGCGAGUCGAUGCCAAAUUAGUGUUUGGACCGCAUGUCCGACUCUCUCGCAUCGUGUUGGGGUGCCUCCUGGUAGGUAUCCACAGUCUGCUCCAGCGUGUCUGUGCUCUCACUCUUCGCCCCUUGUCACUCGCGUGA